AGGAUUUUGGACUGGAAGAGCAGCCCCAGCGCUCGGGCCUGCUGGAUGGGGUGAGCCAGCUGACUGUACGUCUGAGAAGAGAGUUGGAUGACUGUCUGACUCCGGCUGGGCGGAAUCUGCUGGCAUGUCAGUCAGCAGCGCCCCCGUGAGGAAGGUAUGUGCCGCGCAGGGACUCCUCCCCUCCCGCUGCAGAGUUGGGAGCUCUCCCUUUCUGCGGCCAGCUCGCCUUGACAGCCAACACUGGCGCAGAGUCUCAGCGCAAACCUUUACCAUAUUUUUUUGGCAUAUAGCGACAAUUCAUAGCCACACUUUUCACACAUCCUCUUCCGGAGACAAGCGUUGGAGCGGCCUCGUCUAGAAUGGGGAACCGAGACGAUGAAUACGAUUUCUUGUUCAAAGUUGUGUUAAUCGGGGACUCGGGCGUAGGGAAGAGCAACCUGCUCUCUCGGUUCACACGAAAUGAGUUCAACCUAGAGAGCAAGAGCACCAUCGGAGUGGAGUUUGCCACGCGCAGCAUUCAGGUGGACGGCAAGACGAUAAAGGCUCAGAUCUGGGAUACAGCGGGACAGGAGCGCUACAGAGCCAUCACCUCGGCAUACUACAGAGGAGCGGUGGGGGCGCUCUUAGUGUAUGACAUAGCCAAACACCUGACCUAUGAGAAUGUGGAGCGCUGGCUGAAGGAGCUGAGAGACCACGCCGACAACAACAUCGUCAUCAUGCUGGUUGGCAACAAGAGCGACCUGCGCCACCUCAGGGCCGUGCCCACAGAUGAGGCCCGGGCCUUCGCAGAAGAACAAUCUGUGUCAUUCAUAGAAACUUCAGCCUUGGACUCAACAAACGUUGAAGAAGCCUUCAAGAAUAUCCUUACAGAAAUCUACCGCAUCGUCUCGCAGAAACAGAUUGCUGAGCGGUCUGCCCAUGACGAGUCCCCAGGGAACAACGUGGUGGACAUCAGCGUGCCACCCACCACGGACGGCCAGAGGGGGAGCAAACUGCAGUGCUGUCAGAACCUGUAACCCGUGGCACCCGUCCCUCCUCGCCUGGGUCGAUUAUUAAUUGAAAUCCAGUGUUGGUGUGCUUCCAUCCGCCUGGGGUGCAAGUAUUGUCUGAAUCUGCACUUUUUGGAUCCGUGGAGUCAGUUCCGUUAUGCCGCACACGAUCAAUUCCAGAAAGAAGUGUUUGAAUAGAUUUCAAAUUGUAAUCUGACCCAGGUACAAUCUGCUACAUCCCAGUGCAAAAACAGGACUGAUGGUACCGCCUGCGUAGCUGCCACAGUUACCCAUGAUAGAGUAGCAGAAUAGCUUUGCCUGAGACCUUGUAUGCCUAGACAUCUCCCUGGUAGACGGUUAUUGCCACAUGGUGGAGGCCUGCCUGUUUCAGUCGUACCAGCAGUCCUGUUUUUGGGCUUUCCUCUUCCUCGUUCAGUCAUCAUCUCAAAAGUGGUCGUGACGCUGCUGAUGCUUUUUUCAUUUUGUGUAAAAUAUAUUCUUUUUUUGUUUUGAUUUUGAUAGCUUGUCCGCUCACAUACAUUAUAUUAAUGCCAUGAAAUUAAAUUUUACAAUAUUA